AUGAUUGUUGCUCGGGAUGCGGAUGUUGGUGUUGCCCUCUUAGAGGCCUUAGAUACUAAAUCAUCAGAUUUUGUGGAUGAAAUUCUUUCUCAGAUUCAUCAGAGUUGUCGAUUCCCUCAGAUAACUUCACAUUUGCAUGUGGAACAAGCUUGGCUUGUACAUAACCGGAUACUUGAAGAGUCGUUCGCCUCAGCACGAAAGCGACUCCAGAAAGGUGGUACCAAUGCAUCGAACGACGCUAACCUUGGUGUGGGCUUCUAUGCUGUUUUUGACUGGUCUGCAGUUGAAUAUAUUGCUAGUAACGGUAUUUCUCCUGGAAACGAUCCAAACACAUGGUUAGGUAAACCAAAUCAAGGAGUUGUUGUCAACCAGUGUGCCGAUUUGACCGUCGCCAGAGCUCAGCACAGACUAAACAACAGUCUAGUCACUCCGACAUACGCUGCUGAUGCAACCACUGGAUCUCCUCCAUCUGGAACCGGGGCUAUUUAUCUGAUAUUGGUUCGAUGGAUAAAGUCACGAGCGUACGUGGUGUCCUCGGAUGCCGAGAACUCGAACGAACUGUUGGAACCACAACCGGGUUACGCGUGUCACGUUUCAACUUGGUCGCGUAUCGACCCACUGGAUCCCACGAAGCUGAGUCUGGAACGUGCGUUUCAGCUGGCACAGGUAUACCUUUACGAAUUCGACGAAGAGCUGGACCUGAGACCGAAACCCGAACACGUCCUACCUUACGCUGUGGUUCGUUGUCGUUGGACAUUGGACACCACCGUUACCAUGACCGGAUCUGGAGAGGCAUUGACUGCGGCAAAUGGAUUGAUACUUGUCUUAGCGACAAAGUCAUCUCGCAACUCUUCCGGCAGCAGUCGUCACGCUCUUCUUCCAACUCCCCCGAAAGCUACACAUCGAUCGCGGUCCGCACGAGCUGAAGACCACACCUCACGGUUGUUAGGUCGGCUCUCUAGCCGAACCAGUGAAAAUAUUAUUCCAUUGAUAUCUCCCGAAGAUCUCCAGUCUGUCAAGAGUCGACCACACUCGCGUUUGACUAUCCCACGAAAUGCAUCGCAUCACUUGCUCACUAGUCCACCUCAGCCGGGAAAUCUCGCUCCUCCGGACAAACCGCUCGAGUCGAAAGUGACUCCGAUGCAUGUUGCCAUUCUACAGGCUCGUCGUUUAUGCCUACAACCAGAAUGGUCCGGUCGUCUGGGCGAAUUGGCCGCGUUUGCCACGACUGGUUCGACACCGGUGACCACUUCCACCUCGGUUCCAGUUACCACCACCACACUGGCUGCGUUAUCCAAUCACCAAAUGGUUCUCAUGGGGACAGGUCUGAUCACAUGGGGUCAAGUGGGGUCGGAUUUGUAUUCGCUCCAAACGGAACUUUAUAUCUAUCGACGACCGUGUUUGCCCGUUUUCGAUGGCAUGUACGUUUCCGUAAGAUUUGGUUAG